AUGACUAAAGUGAAAAGUAACAUUCAAUCCAUCUCUGGCCUAAGCAAUGCCGUCGUCAAUAUAAAUGAACACUGCAAUAUUGUUGUUCAGUCUUCUUAUUCGUCUUUCAAGGCGCCUGUCAAAUGCUUCGUUCUUCCUAUUAUUACAGACAGGCUUCCUCAUGCGGAAAUUCAUGUUCACGACUUGAAUAUUCCGAGCGACAUUCAACUAGCUGACCCGAAGUUCUACCAGCCUUCUGACAUUGAUCUCCUCUUGGGAGCCGACAUCUUCUGGGACGUGCUUGGUUCAGCUAGAAUAAAAUUGGGAAAAAAUAAACCCAUUCUUCAGGAAACCUUAUUAGGGUGGAUAGUUGCUGGCUCUAUGGCGGGUAAACAUUGUGACACGCCACAGCCACAGCGUACAUUGUUUAGUAAAGAUAUUCAUCAGCAACUUAGUAAAUUCUGGGAACUCGAGGAAGUACCCAAGGACAACAUUCCUUCAUUUUAUGAUCAUCCUUGCGAAAAGAUCUUCAACGAAACAACUUACCGCGAUGACGAUGGGCGAUUUUGUGUCCAAAUACCUCUUCAUGAAUCGCCAGACGUCCUCGGUGAAUCAUACCACAUCGCAGAAAAGAGACUUUACCAAAUGGAAAAGAAGAUGAGCAAAAAUCCCGACCUACGUGUGGAGUACAAUAAAUUCCUGCGAGAGUAUGAAAGCCUAGGACAUAUGACUGAGGUCGCAGCGCCAUCUCGCGGUUGUUUCCUGCCACAUCAUGCUGUAACGAGGGAGAGCAGCGAGACCACUAAACUUCGAGUGGUGUUCGACGCCUCGGCCGAGACCACAACAGGUACAUCUUUCAACGACAUACAACAUGUCGGCCCUGUCGUACAGGACGACUUGUUUUCCAUCUUGCUACGGUUUAGACAACAUCGAUAUGUCGUUUCGGCCGACGUGGAGAAAAUGUACCGGCAAGUGUUGGUACAUCCCGAGCAGCGCCCCCUGCAGAUGAUUUUGUGGCGUGCAACUCUAUUGGACGUCAACCCUAAUCGUCUGAACUGCUACCAACGAAUAGAGCAAAUGAAGAACCACUUCUGGAAUAGAUGGCGUCACGAAUUCCUCUGCGAGCUACAGCAAAGAGCGAAGUGGCGCAUCAAUAAAGGCGAACUAUUGCCGGGAGACAUGGUCAUCCUUAAAGAAGCUAACUUGCCUCCAUUGAAAUGGAAGAUGGGGCGAAUUCAUCAACUCUACCCAGGAAAGGAUGGGAUCGCGCGAGUCGUAGAUGUUAUGACUUCAAAGGGCAUCGUACGUCGUGCUGUUGUCAACCUCUGUCCUCUACCCGUGACUGCUGAUGGUGAAGCAUGUCCUCGAGCUACUACGGUCGUCGAGAGGGGGGAAGAUGUUGGCGCUCAAUGA